UUUGGCAAAUUGCCCAACCACCCGCUUGACGAAAUCUGUAGUACCGUGGACCUAUUGCAAAAUGCACGUUUAUCUAUCCGUUUCGAUAACUAUAGUUACUAUAUUCAGUGCGUUGGCGAGGGCCGAUGGACUGGGUGUAUUCGCGAUAUGUGACACAGUGCGAACCCUACAGGACAAUGAAGUGCUGUAUAUUCAAUCGCCAGGCUAUACAAACUACUACAAGCCUAACACGAACUGCCGCUGGAGACUCAGCGCACCUACCGGAUACCAUGUCUACAUGAACUGCUAUGAUGUGGUUCUCCCUAGUAGUACCAAUUGUUUGGGCGAUCGCAUUGAGGUUUCAUUCAAUGGCAACGCUUUACUGGCGGGAGCCACUCGGUAUUGCGGUAUGUCCACGUUUAUUGUACAAUCUACCGCCAACAAGUUGACGGUAGCUUUGAAGACUACAAAGACUUCUGCAGGAGGUCGACUUCGGUGUCAAAUCUUAGCGACGCCCCCGGCAUGUGACUGUGGCCGUCGAAGAAUGGUGAAGAUCGUUAACGGCAUGCCGACUUUGGUGAACGAAUUUCCCAUGAUGGCUGGAUUAGUGAGUUUGUCUGCGAGAAACGUUUUCUGUGGUGCAACAAUAAUAUCAAAUCGUCAUGCUCUGACUGCUGCACAUUGCUUGACUGGCCAGAAAAUUGCCAACACCGCUCUCUUGGUGGGUGAUCACGAUCUUUCCACCGGAGUGGAUACUCCUUACUCUGUGUUGAUUCCGAUCAGUACUUUCACAGUUCACAAUGGCUAUCGACCGCAAUCCACCGCCAACGAUAUAGCUAUGGUACGCACACGAGAUCAGAUAAUUUUCAACGCUGGAGUUGGUCCGGUAUGUCUACCAUGGCGAUGGUCAACGGCAACCUUCGACAACAUGCUGGUGGAGGGUGUUGGAUGGGGAACAACGGAUUUUGGGGCACCGGCUUCGUCAGUGUUACGGAAGGUCAAUAUGAACGUGGUCAGCUAUGAGACAUGCCGACAGAUGAUGAACAGUUCGGAAGUUACGAAGAAUCAGAUUUGCACGUACGCGGAUGGGAGGGAUACGUGCCAGUACGAUUCGGGAGGACCGGUGUUCUACACUAAUCCUAACACCGGAGUGGUGUAUCACAUUGGGGUGAUAAGCUAUGGAGUAGCUUGCGCUAGUGCUUAUCCGAGUGUGAAUACAAGGACUACAUCCUACCUGGCAUGGAUCAAAGCUAAUACGCCUGGAAUAAAGUAUUGUGAAAAGUAAAUCCAGGGAUCAUAUAUUUCAUGGUUUUGAGUUCAGUAAUCUAUCAAUUACACAGCGUAACAUUUUUUUGUCUCAAGAGCAAACUUAUGUGUCUCUGGCAGAUUUUCGGCCGCUGAAUCCGUAUUCGGGCUCGGAUUUGCUCCAGCACGUCAUAAUUUUGAGCUAUACCUCAAUUUAUAGGGCAAAAUAUGUGAUUUUAGGCU